GACUGCGCGUCUUUUAAAGGUCCCUCGUACUGCCAUCUUUGGCCAGCUUAAUCGGUCAGAUUGCUCUCUCCAGUCUCCACCACCCCGACACCUCUCCCUCUCUCUGCUCUCUAGUCUCUACAAUGGCAAGGCCCCGCAAGAACGCCACAACUGUCGACGAUUCCCACACCGCCGGCGCCCGCGCGAGGCCGAAGCUGAAGCGGACGCGGAAGAGAGGGCCGCGGGAGAGCCCCUCCCGGCGCAGCUCCGCGUACCGCGGCGUCACACGGCACCGGUGGACGGGGCGUUUCGAGGCGCACCUGUGGGACAAGGACACAUGCAACGAGUCGCAGACCAAGAAAGGCAAGCAAGGUAAGGGGGGAAAAACUAGCGCGUACGACGACGAGGACGCGGCGGCGCGCGCUCACGACCUGGCGGCGUUGAAGUACUGGGGGCCCGGCACCGUCCUCAACUUCCCGUUGUGCAGCUACGACGAGGAGCUGAAAGAAAUGGAAGGGCAGCCCAGGGAGGAGUACAUUGGAUCGCUACGGAGGAAGAGCAGCGGGUUCUCGAGAGGGGUGUCCAAGUACAGAGGCGUUGCAAGGCAUCAUCACAACGGGAGAUGGGAGGCUCGGAUCGGGCGCGUGUUGGGCAACAAGUACCUCUACCUGGGUACUUACACAACGCAAGAGGAGGCAGCGGUGGCGUACGACAUCGCCGCGAUCGAGCACCGCGGCCUCAACGCCGUCACCAACUUCAACAUCAGCCACUACAUCAAGCACUGGCACCAGCACCGCCGCGGCCUAGGCGACGACGGCCUCGACAUGGACGCCACCCAGUUCAUCCCAAUCCAACUACUACCAGACGACCUGGCGGAGCGCCCGGCCACCACCGGUCUCGACGAUACCAUGGGCGCUGCCGCAUUCCACGACAGCGAGCUCUACCAUCAACAGCAUCAAACCGCCGAUCGCUUGGGCGCGCAGCGUUCUGAUCAGGCGAGACCGCCGGCUCACGCGGUGCCCACGUCGUCGUCGGCGCUCGACCUGCUGCUGCAUUCGCCCAAGUUCGAGGAGAUGAUGGAUCAGGUCUCGGCGGUGGCGUUCGAGAGCAACAGCAGCUCGCCGUCGCUGUCUUCGUCUUCGUUCUCGCCUUCGCCUUUGCUGAUGCCAUCGCUGCAACGGCAACCUGAAUUUAAUGGUGGCGCGCCGGCACGGUGCAGCUUUCCGGACGACGUGCAGACGUUCUUUGGGUGGGAGGAUGGCAUGAGCUACGCCUACGCCGAGGUUGACACGUUCCUAUUUGGGGACCUGGGCGCUUACGCGGCGCCCAUGUUUCAGUGCGAGCUUGAUGUUUGAUCUGAAUCUGACUCUCUAUUACUAAGAGUCUACUAUAU